UCCUCACACUUGCUUGACAGGAAGCUUUACUUUUCCUGCAGCUUGACCUGCAGGCAGACACGGAGCUGACAAUGGCCAGACUUGGGAUCCUGUGUCUGUGUAUCAGCGCUGUAGCCUGGCUCGGCGAUGGGAAAGCCAGCAGAAGAGGAGGGAAACCUGCAGGAUCCAAACCACAGCUCACGGCAGGGGUAUCUGAACAGAGUGACUCUCUCCAGUCUGGUCAGUGCCAGGUAAACGGCAUAGCUCUGUUUGACGGAGCUAUGUGGUCGCCUCAGCCCUGCUCAGCCUGCCAGUGUAACAAAGGAAAUGUCAAAUGUCAGCCCAUCCCCUGUACUGGAAGGACACAAGCGCCACAUAACCAACCGUCUACAGCUCCAAAAAGAAACAGACUGGUUGAUAAAGACAGCAAAGAUGGUAUCUCUGAGGGGAAGAAUAUUUUCCAAGGGAGAGGUGGAGGUAGAGGAGUGCAAGAAUUAAAAAAGAAGAAGGAGGAAAAGAUAUUGGUGAAAACUGUCACACCAGCGAUGACAGUCAAACCUGAAUCAACUAAGAACAAGAAACAGGAGGUCCUGGUAAAGAUUCCCACCAGGGGAACUAAGAUGCAUGUGCCCAUCGCACCAGCAAGGCCUCCCAUGCCUGCAGUGAAGUCAACGAAAGACAGAUUUCACUCUUCAGACGAAGACGACUUCGAUGAUGAUCCCGACAGUGAUGACGAUGAUGACAUUGUGGGACCUCCACGGAUGGAAGCCAUAGCCUUGCCUGCUCCAAGAACCAUGCUGCGGCCUGUGGUGGCAAGAAGGCUAGUGCCUGCACCCACCUCUCCAGGCCGUCCAGUGGUCACCUUCCCCCAGAAACCCAACUUCAUGGAAUCAUUGCCAGCUGGGUGUCUUCUGUCUGAGUCGCUGAUAGCUUGCGGCAGCACUGGCAUGACACACAUGCCCAUUAUCACUGACCCAGGGGUCAAAACACUGUACCUGGCAGAUAACAAGAUAAGUAAGAUCCCAGUGAGGGCUCUGGCAGGCCUUCCCAAUCUUGAGUGGCUAGACUUGAGCAAGAACAAGCUGGAUGACUCCUCCCUCAGCCCCCUGCUUUUUCAGAAUUUAACUAAACUAAGGAGGCUAAUUUUGGACGGCAACAAUCUCACCAAGGUCCCAGCGUUUCUCCCACCUUCCCUUGAGGAACUGAAGAUUAAUGACAACAAGCUCAGCGGACUCACACCCAGCAGUUUUAAAGGUUUGUCCAAACUUCUGACCCUGGAACUGGAAGACAACUACUUUCACGAUGGAAACGUCUCACCGCUGACGUUUCGUCCCCUUAGGAAGCUCAUUUACCUUCGCCUGGAGGAUAACAAGUUCCGUGCCAUCCCAUCUGGCCUGCCAGCCUCCCUUCAGGAACUCCACUUGUCAGACAACAAAAUUGAGGAAGUACACGCUGGUAUCCUCAACAAGACGGUCAACCUGAGGCUGCUGGACCUUAGCCACAACCGCAUCAGAGAGGAUCGCAUCGCACCACGAGCCUGGAUACAUUUGUCGAACCUGGAAUCACUGGAUCUAUCCCACAACAAACUGGUGCACGUGCCCUCCUUCCUCCCGGUGGGCCUGCGCCAGCUCACCCUGCAUCACAACCAGAUCGAGCGCAUCCCUGGCUACGUUUUCGGCCACAUGCGGCCGGGCCUGGACUCCCUCCAGUUGUCCCACAACAGGCUGCGUGACGACGGCAUUGAUGGCGUGUCCUUCCUGGGCCUGUCCACGUCCCUGUCUGAGCUACUGUUGGACCACAACCUGCUGCAGUCCAUCCCCCAAGGCCUCCUGCAGCUGAAGAACCUGCAGCUGCUCCGCCUCAACCACAACCUCAUCAGUUACGUUCCGAUGAAUGCCUUGUGUGACACACAAGCCAGGGAAGACUCGCCUCUGAUCUCCGUUCACCUGCAGUACAACCUGAUUGAGCGUCGUCUCAUUCCUCCCACCGCCUUCUCCUGCAUCAGAAAUUACCACAGCAUUCUGCUGCGACCCCAGAGGCAUGAAAACGACGAAUAGUUUUCUUUCCUCCCAUCCUCUUCCCUGCAACCACAACUCCUUAGUAUUCUUGUUGUUUCUGUGACAGUAUUAAUAGCUUUGUAACAUUCAGUGGUGCCUCCCUCCCUUACACUGUCUUCCACUGACAUUUUUCUCACUUCAUUCCUUGUGCGCAUGUAAACAAGCGGCCGUGAGGUAUUCAGGCUGCAAGGGAGACUGUAAAGGUUUGGAUCCAGUGUCUUGAAGACAUUUCUUUGUUGGCAACAUUACAAAAGGCAAUCAGAAGUCAUCUGUCUUAGACAAAAACACAGCGUCCCACACAUUUCAUCAGAGCAGGAUAAGCGUGGAACUGUUUGCAAUGAAGCGCCUCAGUGCGAGGGUACCAAGCUACUGAGUGCAGGCACCAUAGUUGGGUCAUCAGGCAGCUCCAUUUCUCGGACUGAAUCAGGAACUCUCCAGGCUAACCUGCCAUCCAGUCUGUGCCAUUGCUCUGUUCAGUUCUGGUGCUGCUGUUCUUUAAGGACAAAAAGCAACAGCUUGCACGCACAGAAUGCAGUCCAAACAAAAAACCUCAAUUACCAAUUUAGCAAUUUAUUUUUGAAGAUUGUGGCUUGCUCGUCUUUAUUGUGUUGUACCAUCACUAUGAUGGCAGUAGGAAUAAAUAGAUGAAAUGGAAAGAAACAGUCAGUGAUUCACUUUUUCAUAUUGAGAAGUAUAUGAACAUAAUGUAAUACUUGCUCUCAGGCAGGCUGCUGAUGUAGUCUGUAAUGUUAGGGGGUGUCUUUACAUGUGCACAGCAAUAUGGAUGAUAGCUCAAAUUCUAGUUAAUGCCUUGUUUAGAGUAAGCUCCUCGUAUAUCUUCAUAUCCUAGACUCAAGACAUCUGUGUAGUUAAACAGAACAUUUUAUAUACUCUCACAGAAACUGCACUCACAAAGUCUGAGAAACCAACUUGUUUGAGUCUCUCAUAAUUGACAUUCCAUAAGAGCUUGUAAGAGCUUUUGGUUUACUGUUAAUGGUGAGUUUUUUUUUUGUUGUUGUUUUUGUUUUGUUUUUUUUGCAUUAUGCCAACUCUAGAGCAGAGUACUUCCAGAAUUACAUGAGAACAUUUUGUGUGGGUGUGAAGACAGUUUACUUCCUUAGAUCAGGUGUUCUCAUUUGAGCCAUGUCUGAGCAAAACAGAAUGAUUCCAGUCUAUGUGCUAAUUGUUAUGUACUUUGUGUUUUUUUUUAUUGCAAUAAGUAUUUCUGACUGUUUCCUUUACCCCUUUUCUGUAGCAAAGCAAUCAUUCCUAACCAAAGCACACACAAAACUAGCUGUUUUAGUCUUGUUUAGUUGUCUGUUGUUAGGAGAGUCUUAACUGUUUUCCUAUUGGUUGCUGAAGAUCUUUUGAAAUUCUUUGAUAUGAAAACAAGUAAUAAAAGUCCAUUUAACUAGUUUGCACUUUCCAGCACAAUGAUAUACCGCCUCUCUCUCUUGCUCUCCUUCUCUCUC